AUGUGCGUGCAGGCCGGGAAUCACGAACAGUACCUCAUUCCCUAUCUGAAUAACGAUGCUUACCCGGUCGAUCUGGCUGAAGUAUCGAAUCUUAUCUACUGGAUGGCAAGGAUCCAAUCCCAUCUUGGGCUUGGCCCCAGGGGAUUCGGUCGAUGGAACCACCAGCUCCUGCCUUCACAUGUCGCAUUCCCAGCCAUCGAGAGCGCCACCAAGGCUCGACGGCUAGCUCUCAACAAUAUGCACGAAAACUACGCCAACGCCGAAUACACCAUCAUCCAUGAUAUAGACCUCGUCAACUUCCCCUGGAGCGACGACGGCAGCCGUUGUAUCGCCAUGAUCCUUUCAACUUGGUUCACACGCGGCUGGACUGCCUUGGAGCUGUUCAUGUCAAAGAGGGUGUUGGUGUUGUCAAAGACCCAGCUGGGGAUUCUGAACCACUGA